AUGGGAGAGAGUUCAAGAAAUUGGACCAAUGUUUUGAAAAAUUUAGAGAAACGAAUAAUUGGAGGAGAAACUACGACAAAAAAGCUAUACCCAUACUAUGUCCAAAUAUUUAAUUAUGGCGGUCUCUGUGGUGGUACCAUUCUUACUAGCAAAGCUGUCUUAACAGCAGCGCACUGUUUCGACCACAAUAAAAACUUAGCUGAAAUGCAAAUUUUUGCAAAUCCUCGUUUUUUAUUUGAUCUGCAAGCAAUAAGUCAUCAAGUGUGGGAUUUCGAAAUACAUCAAAGUUAUGGUAAUCCAAGCCUUUUUGCUAAUGAUAUUGCAAUUGUAUUAAUACAUGAUGAAUUUGAAUUUGGUCCUUGGGUUCAGAAAGCUAUACUAGUUAAUACAAAUGUGUGGAUGAAAGAAAAUCUAACGUUCAUCGUGACUGGUUGGGGUGAGACACAGUAUGGCGAAGGCUUAGUCAAUAAAGAUUUCAAGUGGACCCAUCUCAAAUAUACAAGUAAAGAGAAGUGUAUGGCUGAAAAUCAUAUAAAAUUAGGCCCAGACAUGUUUUGCUUGCAUGGAGAUGGUAAAAGGGAUAGCUGUCGCGGCGAUUCUGGAGGCGGAGUGUUAUGGAAUGGAAAAUUGAUAGAGAGGCACCAUUGCUUAGAUUACUUAAGACGGUUAUAUGAGAUUGAAAGUAAAAUAAUUGGUGGCCGUCCUGCUGAAAUUGGCAAGUUUUCUUAUGCAGUAUUAUUUUUUAACCAUGAAAGCCUUUGUGCUGGUUCUGUAUUAAAUAGCUACAGCGUACUUACGGCUGCACAUUGCUUUGAUGAAAACAUGGAUAAGGAUAUCAUGUAUAUUCAAAGGAGCAAAUAUAUUAGGGAUAAAAACGCUGAAAUAUUUCGUGUAUUAAGUUUUGUGAUACAUGAAAAAUUUAAUAGUGUUAUUACAUUUUAUGCCGAUAUUGCUCUCAUAUUUGUGAAGGAUCCUAUUAAAUUUGGUCGUGACAAGCAGAAAGCUUUGCUUGUAAAUAAUAACAAAUGGAUGAAAAGUACGAAUAAAGCCAUUUUUGGUAUCGGUUGGGGAUGGACGAACAAUACAGGUUCGUUAUCAAAUAUUGGGUUAUUGCGAACAAAUCUACGAUUUGUACCUAAGCGAAAAUGUGAAGAUUUGCAUCGUAUAAAAUUAACAAGAGAUAUGUUUUGCUUGUAUGGAGAUGGGAUACGAGACACUUGUAAGGGUGACUCAGGGGGUGGCGUAAUAUGGAACGAG